AUGACUUCAUUAUCGGAACAAUUUUCAACAUCAAUAAUAUUUAACGACCAACAGCGUGAUCUCAUUCAUCAUGUUGCAUUCGAUUUUCAUGGACGACGAAUUGCUACAUCAUCUAGCGAUAUGAUGGUUUGUGUAUGGAAUUUAUCACCAAAUGGUAGUUGGAUUAAAUCUGCUUCAUGGAAGAGUCAUGGUGGACCUGUUUGGAAAGUUAUUUGGGCACAUCCUGAAUUUGGACAAAUUUUGGCUACAUGUUCAUUUGAUCGAAGUGUAACAAUAUGGGAGGAAACAGUACGUCAACCGGUUAAGACAAUAACGAAAAAUGGCGUUCACAGUGGCCAAAAACAACAACAAGCACGUUGGAAACGUUGUUGUCAACUUGUUGAUAGUCGUCAUAACGUUACUGAUAUUAAGUUUGCUCCAAGACAUCUUGGAUUAAUGCUUGCAACUGUAUCUUCUCAGGGAAUAUUACGAGUAUACGAAGCUCCAGACAUUAUGAACUUAUCGAUGUGGAGUCUGAACCAGGAUAUAGUGGUUUUUCGAUAUCGGUGCAGUUGUCUGUCAUGGAGUACACAUCGUCUUACAAAACCGCUUAUUGCUAUUGGAUCGGAUGAUGCACAUACAACUGGAAAACGAGUGGUCGUUUAUGAAUAUUACGACAAUCUUCGAAAGUGGCAACUAUUGAAUACUCCAUCCUUAAAAGUAACUGAGCCAGUAACUGAUAUUGCUUUUGCACCACCUGCUGGACGAUCAUAUCAUUUGCUUGCUGUUGGUUCUAAAGAUAUUUGCAUCUUCAAAUUGAGUGAAACCGGGAAAACCACUGGUUUUAAUGUUGAUUUGGUUGAACGAGGUGGACCAACUGAGUAUGAGAUAACACAGUUGGAAGCACUUGAAAAUCCUUCUCAUUCACCUGUUCAGAUUUGGCGGUUGUCAUGGAACAUAACUGGAACAAUCCUAACAACUGGAAGCUCAGACGGAUAUAUACGGUUAUGGAAAGAAAAUUUAUUGAAAAAAUGGACUCUUGUCGCAACGGUAAAGUCAACAGAAGACUGUAAACCAUCUGAUGAUGAUCCGAGAGCUACAACAUCAAUAAGUUCCCUUACCAGAGAAAAUCAUGUAUAUUAUUGA